GCUAGCAAGCACAAGUACCGUUCUUGUUUUUCUACGGAAAAGACUCGAUACCAGCUGUAAUAGGGAAAGAGGAACAGGGAGUGAAAGGCGAAUGGAGGGAGGGAUCAGAAGAGAGAGAGACACAUGAUUAUCCAAAGCAAGUGACUCGAUUUUCAGGUGUGGCCUAAGGCGGCGGUCCCGCACCCUCCGGCAGCCCAAAGACCACGAACUUUCCUGAUCAACUUCCCCGGGAGCCGUCUGGACCGGUCAAGCGAUGCUAAUGUGAGACAGACUGUCGAAGUAGUUUUCCAUUUAGACGACCGUUUUAUUGAGCGCCUCACAGCAGGGCGUUUAAAAAUUACUGUUUCUCCAACGUGGAAAGUACACGGAAUGGAUAAAGAAAACUAUUGUUAGCUAGUUGGCUAACGUUAGAUUGCUAAAUAUGAACUAUCCUUAGCCGAGGCUAGCCAAUUUGGCUAUCCUUGCUUUGUAAGCUAUUGAAAACAGACAGACGGAUUGCUCGUAGUUGUUAAACUAUCCUAGCUAUCGAAGUUAACUAAACUGUCAGAACCUCGCCAAACCGAAGUGAAUCUUACUUUAUGGUUCAGGCUGAGAUGAGGGAACCACCUGGACAGAGGUGUGGACGACCAAAGUAAGGGACAAAUAAACUAAGAAAGAGAGAGUGAGCAAAACCAGUCAAUGCCAAGGACGUACACAGAGAAGACAACAUCAGAUUGAGAGGUUUCUCAAAUUAAAGAAAAAAAACAUCUGAAUUUUGGACAACAGAUUGACAGACAUCUGUUCAGUUCAGGGGAAAAUCAGAAAAUAUUAUUUCACCAUUAUUCUGUGUUUAUGUUUAAGAUUACGGUGUACAGUUGGGCGAGAGCAAUCGAAACACCUGUUGUUGAUGGGAUUCACCUCCUACAGGUAUCAUAAGAUAUUCAAGCGCAUAUAUUUCCCACACUUAAAUACACUUAAAUAUUCCGAAUUGUUUUCUCAAGUGUCCUGCAAGUUAAUAACAGCACUAAAUUGCCCUUGGCAAUUCAGUCGCAGUAAACAGACACUGAGUAGACUGGUUGGAAACUCAUUUUGGGAAAAUGAUACUAACGCUAAAUAAACUGGUGGACGUGCAACUGGAAUAAAGGUGAGUUGUGUGAAAAGCACCUUCCUGGGAUUUCUGCACUGGAGCAGGUGGGGCUGGCCUACACUCCACAUACUGUUGAACAGAAAGUGAAAUUUAAUGACAAGGAUACGCUUAAUCAGCAACUGAAACCGCACGUCAAGAUAAACAGGCAACGGGAGGUUAAACAUGAAGCAGGUGCCGUGAGGAAAACGGAAUAUUGGGAGAACGCUGGACGUGCCGCUAUUUACUGGACUGCGGGGGCAAUGAAAUAUCCCGUUGCUCUGAACUGGAAAUUAAACCUUCUAAACUGGAAAUAAAGGACCACAACAACCUGGGAGAGCCAAGCCCUGGAAUUGCCUGCUACCAUUAAACAGGUUUUGACUGGAAUACAUAAGGAAAUGGCGGGAAAAGACUACAACCAUCUCUUCAAACUGCUCAUCAUUGGAGACUCAAAUGUGGGGAAAAGCAGUCUGCUGCUUCGAUUCGCUGACAAUUCUUUUUCAGGCAGCUACAUCACGACGAUCGGAGUGGACUUUAAGAUUCGCACGGUGGACAUCGAGGGGGAGAGGGUCAAGCUGCAGAUCUGGGACACCGCGGGGCAGGAGAGAUUCAGAACCAUCACCUCCACGUAUUACAGGAACACCCACGGUGUAAUUAUUGUAUAUGACGUCACAAAUCAAGAAUCAUUCAUAAAUGUCAAGAGAUGGCUGAAUGAAAUUUCCCAGAACUGUGACAACGUGUGUAAGAUUCUAGUUGGCAACAAGAACGACGACCCCUCUAAAAAGCAGGUGGACACCCAGGAUGCUCAGCGUUUUGGGGAAUCAGUGGGCGUUAGAGUCUUUGAAACAAGUGCCAAGGAAAACAUCAAUGUGGAAGAGAUGUUCAUGUCCUUCACCCAUAUGGUCCUGCGGGCGAAGAAGGUGAGCCAGAGCCGCGCCGAGCGGGAGCGGGAGCGGGAGAAGGACACCGUGCACAUCAACUCGCACCGCGACCGCGAGCGGAGGAAGAGGGGGAAGAAGUGCUGCUGAAGGAGGCCGCCAGUGUCCCAUUCACACUGACUCCAUUCAGUCCCACAUUAACCCUAACAUUGCACUGAGACGGUGAAGGAGGGGAGGAGAGGGGAGGGGAGGGGGGCAGAACCACUGUUAUGUGCCGAAUUUAUUUUUUAUUUUUAUCCUUGUUGUUGUUGUGGUUGUUUUAAGAAAUUUCAUUCCUUUUACUGUUGAAAGGGAAAGGAUGGGGAUGGGCAGCGUGUUCUCAUCCUUACGCUUGUGUGCGCUGAGAGCUUUAUCGAUUAAAAACAUGAACUAGGAAGGACUAACGCGUUUGAAUGGUUUAACCAUGACAUUUCACCAGUGUGUGAAAUGUUUAUUUUAUGUUAAUAAAGAAAAUGCAAUAGCAGAAACAAAUAAAAAUAAACAAUAACGGCAAUAAAA